AAGUGAUUCCCUGUGUGGACAACUUUACGUCAACGUCGUGUAACUAGUAACCACUACCUUCGUAGAAAUAUAUGGUGUUUGACAUGAAGCCAGCAAGUCCAGACCACUGCUCCAUAUUUGACAUUUGUUCCCAAGAUGAGACCUUAAUAAGACUGACAGAAGUAAACGCUGUUCUAAAACAGAGUGUUAACGGAGAGCCAGCCACAGAAAAGUUUGAGGACAAAGGCUCAGAAAAUGUCAGAGAGGUCUUGGACAAAAUGGUCUGCUCAGCCUGCAGAUGCUCCUUCAUUAACCGUGAAGAACAGAUGGAACACUACAAGCUCGACUGGCAUCGGUUUAACUUGAGGCUAAAGAUUUCAGUAAAGCCGCCAGUUACCGCCGAGGAGUUUGAGAGGAAGACUGGGGCUGGGGAUUUGUCAAGUAUCUCAGGUUCAGAGUCUGACUCAGGGGAGGAAAAAUCUGAUGGGGAUGAGGGAGAAUCGAGCUGGAACGCCGCCGCUGGUGGGGAUAAUGACAACUUGGAUGACAUCGGCUUAAUGACAGGAAGGCUCUCCAGCAAAGUAGUGUUCCAGGAUUCAGUGGGACAGUACUUGUCAGUCUACCGCUGCAUUCUACACAGAAAGACAGAUGAAGAGCAAGAUUUGGAAUCCUGUUUAAAGUCCAUCACUAAGAGGACAUUGUGGAUCAUCCUCAUGACAGGCGGUGGCCAUUUUGCUGGCGCUGUAUUCCAAGGGAAAGAAGUCCUUCAGCACAAGACCUUCCACCGAUACACUGUGCGCGCAAAGAGGGGCACUGCCCAAGGACUCAGGGAUUCUCAAAACCGAAGUCACGUGGCAAAAUCUGCGGGAGCGGCUCUGAGGCGCCACAACGAAGCAGCGCUAGUCAAGGACAUUCAGGAUCUCUUGGAGGGCUGGGGAGAACACUUGAAAGAAGCAUCUGCCAUAUUCAUACGAGCCCCAAGCUACAACAAGACGAUCUUCUAUGGUGGACGCACGAGUCCGCUGGACAAAAAGGACACCAGGGUUCGCAGCAUUCCCUUCGCCACGCGCAGGGCAACCUUUCGAGAAGUGCAGCGGGUACACAAUGUGCUUUCCACAGUUCAGGUUUAUGGGAAGGACACUGACAUGUCCACUUUCACCAGUGUAUCAAAGAAGGCAUGGAAAAAGACAGCCCAACCUGGAGUACCACUGAGGACCGAACAAGACGAAGAAGCUAUCCAGAGCAGCUCAGAUGAGGAGCAAGGAGAUGAGAUUCAGCUUGAGAUGGUGGAGAUGACCAUUGGAACACGGGACCUCAAGGAGUUUGACAUCCAACCCUCUAGACAUAAUAGGAGGAGGAGAAGAAAGAAGGAGGAAAACAAACAUGAAGAAGAGGAUGUGGGAGAGCUUAUUAACCCAGAUGUAGACGACAUAGGCGAAGAAGAUGACACCCCUCAGCAGACUCAACCGAAGAACAAGAAUAGGAGGAAGAAACAAGCUGAGGACGCAGUGGAUGACUCAUGGGAGUACAGUCUGAGGGACGCCCUCUUCACAGCCUGCAAGGUUGGGGAUGUGGAUGCCUUGUGUUGUCUCCUCAAUCUUUCCGGAGGACAGCCUCGGGAGCCGUCAGAGGGCAAGGCUGUGGACGGUGCCAGUCCGUUGGCUCUUCUUAAUAAGCACAUUGACUCUUCGGGGUUCACUUUGCUGCACGUUGCAUCAGCGGCUGCUCAGAAAGCUGUAGUCAGGCUGCUGCUGGACGCUGGAGCAGACCCAGCAUGCAGUAAUAACAAAGGGAAGACCCCAUAUAACGUCAGCCCCGACAAGGACACGAGGAACGUGUUUCGUAAAUACAUGGGUGACAAUCCUGACAAAUAUGACUACAACAAGGCUCGGAUACCUGGGCCAUUAACAGCAGAGAUUGAAUUGAUGAAGACAGAGAAGAAGAAGGCUCAAAAGGCGCUGAAAAAACAACGUGAAAAGACACAGGAGGAGGAGAAGAGGAAACAAGAAAUGGAACUGGAGGAAAAGAAAAAGUUUGUGUCUUUAUCGGAUCGAGAAAAGAGAGCUUUGGCAGCUGAGAAGAGGUUAGCAGAGCAAGUAGCUGCAACUGGAGCCAGCCUCUCCAAUGUCAAGAGGUGCUGGGAGUGUGGAGAGUCUCUGCUGGGCAAAAUCCCAUUCCAGUACCUGGAUUUUUCUUUCUGCACACCUCGCUGCGUACAAGCACAUCGCAAAGCUAAUGCUCUAGCAGGAAAAAGCUAACAGACUUUAAAAAGGAGGUACCUCUCAUAUGGUUACGUCCUUUUGAGGUCUGUAAAAUAUCUAAAGUUUGAUCACAUUACAAAAUUAAAAAUCAUCUGUAUUGUAAAAAUACUUAAAUACUCUUUAUAAAAUAUUACAUUUUGCCCUCAUGGGGUAAAACAAAAUUUUCAUUCCGUCAUUGUUGGACUGUCAAGAGCUAAACCGUGACGCAGCAUUAGAGCCUCACUGAGGGGAGGGGGGAAAAAAAAAAAAAAAGUUCAAUUAUGAGGUGAAGUCAUACUCUAAGAAAAAAUGCAGUUCUACAAGAAAAAUACUUAAUGUUAACAGCGUUAAGUCCCCCCCCCCCCACCCAAAAAAAGACAUACCUUUAACAAGUGACCUCGGUGACUGAGAAUAUAGACACAGAAAGAAAAAACAAGAAUUUUUAACAGGCAAAUUGCUAUUUUUUGACAGUAAGUGAAAUAUGAGUUAGACAAUCAUGCGAUUAGGGUAACAAAAUCCUUUAUUCUUGUAAGAUUACAUUUUUUUUCCUCAUAUACAACUGUUUUCCAUUUCACCUCAUAAUGUUGCAACGGUUAUCGUAAUCUUUUGAGUUGAUUCUUGGAUAGAUUUCUUUUUCACUAUGACCCUAGUCUACAAAACAACAGGGUUAAAGGUAACAAAAUCUUUCAA